AUGGCAACGGUCCAACUCAAAUUUCGCGGGCUUUAUAAUUAUUCAUUCUCCUCUCGCGCCAAUGUCUUCUUCUAUGAAUUUCAAGUUUCAAGCAAGGUCAGAAACUAUGAACCCUAACCCUAGCGACAGGGAAAAGAAACGGACGAUUGAUCUGGGUAACGGGAGCGAAAUCAUUUACUUUCCUCGAAUUAUUUCGUUCGGUGAUUCCUGGAAAUUGUUUCAUUACCUAGAUAAAGAAAUUCCAUGGACGAGGCCUUCGAUUCAAGUCUUCGGUAGAUCUUGCAUCCAGCCUAGGGAUACUUGUUAUGUUGCGAGUGAGGGGUUGCCAGAACUCCGUUAUAGUGGGUAUAAGCCACGUGCUUAUCCUUGGGAUGAUUACCCUCCACUAAAAGACCUCUUGGCUGCAGUUCAUGAAGCACUUCCAGGGAGUAGUUUUAAUAGCUUGCUUCUGAACAGAUACAAGAGUGGGUCUGACAAUGUGGCUUGGCACUCUGAUUAUGAGAAAUUGUAUGGGCCAACCCCUGAGAUUGCAUCAUUGUCCUUUGGCUGCGACCGUGAGUUUUUAUUGAGGAAGAAACGCAGCAAAUCACCCAAAGUCCAAGUAGCAAGUGCCAGUUGCAUGGAAGAACCAGCAAAAAAGCGAUUGAAAAAGAAUAAUCAGGUUGAUCAGCAUUCACUUACACUUAAGCAUGGAUCAUUGUUGGUUAUGAGAGGCUAUACCCAACGGGAUUGGGAUCACUCGGUGCCUAAGCGUGCAAAAAUAGAGGCAGUUAGGAUCAACCUCACUUUCAGACGUGUACUUAAGAUCUGAUGCAUAAAACAAACUAUUGGAAGAUGCAA